AUGGGACGACCCGGCCAGGACUGGCAUUUCCAGCUGAACUCCCACUUUCUGCGGCCGAACCAGUUCCGGUGCCACCAUUGCUCGCGGAUGUUCACGCGGCGCAGCAGCCUGGAGCGGCAUGCGCUCAUCCACACCGGGGACCGUCCCUUCAGGUGCCUCUACUGCGGUGCCUCGUUCGCGCUCAAGCAGACCCUCUCGCGGCACAUCCUCACGCACACGGGCGAGAAGCCACACAAGUGCGACUUCUGCCUGCGCACCUUCAUCCAGAGGUCGAUCCUGGUGCGACACCGCAAGAAGCACCUCCAGGAGCAUGGCAUUGCCGUCAGCUGA